CAUUGACUUGUUUUAAUGAACUAACAAAUUUGUAUACUUUUAAUGUUUCGAUAUAUAUGAUUAUAAAACAAAAAAGCGAGCUGCAAAGACUACAUGACUUAAAUUCUAGUGCCAACUUGAUAACAUUAUUUUAUAUUUCUGGUAUUUUAAAAAUGUAAUUUGAUGUAUGACAUAUCGUUUAGUUUGUCGGUCAAAAGCGUGCAAAGAGUAGAUAAUGAUGAAAUCUGGAUAACAUACAAUGUAAUGGAAUUUUGUAAUUAAUUCAGUCGAUUGGCCUUUAGAAAUUUCCUAUAUAUAGAUGGUACCAGUGAUAUUUCAGCUCACAACAAUGUUUGCAACUUUGCUGAUUCUUAUUGUCGGCACGGCCAACGUCUUGGCCACCGACUACAUCCUUUUGAUUGAGGAUCCGGAGAUAUACACGAAGUGCGAAGAUGGACCUCCCGGGUCCGUUGGACUCAACGAAGCCUUCGAUACAAGCGAUAUGUCAGCUGACAUGGACGAAGAUGGUAUUCAUGUUAAGGGAAAUAUUAUAUCAAAAUGGAGUUUGCCGCGAACAGAUCGAAUUUCCGCCAGGAUGAGUGUCUUUCACUUUAACCGCGGUAACUGGGAGCCGACUGUAUUUAACACCCAUACCCCGGACUUUUGCUCCUCCAUGUUCGAUCCGAAUCAAUUCUGGUUUAAGUACUGGUUCAAAUACUUCGAAAACCGCGAUGAGAUACAAGAGAAAUGCCUUGCCACUAAGGAUACCGUUCUGGUGUAUAGUCCGUUUGUUGUGAUUCCCCGUCUAAAUAACGUCAUGGGCCCUCCUCUCACAGGACGCUACAAGGUGGUAUUCUUAUUCGAGGCAUUUGACGAAAAGGGCGAAAGGCGACCCUCAUCCGUGUGCUUUGAGGUUACAGGCGAGGCUGAAAAGAUAAGAAAGUAAUAGCCUUAAAGGAAAGGACAAGAAUUUGAAACAAAUUUGCUAGAAAUAUAUAAAUUGAUUAAAAAAAUUAUUUUAUUAAAUUGAUAUACACAAUUCUAUUGGUAAAUUUAAAAAUCUGAUAUUUAAUUUCCUUUUCAAGGAUUUUUUAGCUUUCAAAAUGAUGUUGGCUGCCUUA